AUGGAGAAGAAGAUUACAGAGAAGAUCGCGGCCUUGCCGCCGGAUGCCAAUUACUUCUCGCUGGAGUUCUUCCCUCCUAAGACUCGGAUGGGUUUUGCGAACCUGUCUGCACGUCUGGAGCGCAUGGCCCAGGCCCUACGCCCGCUAUUCGUGACGGUCACUUGGGGUGCAGGCGGAAGUACUGCAGCCCGUUCCCUUGAGCUAGCGGAAGUCUGCCAGCGCCAGUUGCAGUUGACAACGGUGCUGCAUCUCACAUGCACGAACAUGAGCCGCGCACUGGUGGAUAUGGCGUUGGAGGAGGCCAAGGUGUUGGGCAUUCGCAAUAUCCUGGCUCUGCGAGGAGACCCGCCGCGCAGCGAGGAAUACAACAUGCACGGCGAGGACGACAGCAACAAGGACUUUACUUUUGCCGUUGACCUAGUGCGGUACAUUCGCAAGCAGCAUGGCGACUACUUCUGCAUUGGUGUUGCUGCCUAUCCCGAGGGUCAUCCUGCCGACUCGUUCCAGGAUGUCCAGGACCCGGUCCGCGAUCUGCCAUACCUCAUUGAGAAGACUCAGGCCGGAGCAGACUUCAUCAUGACCCAGCUCACAUAUGAUAUUGAGGCAUACCAGAAGUUUGAGAAUAUGCUUCGGAAUCACGAGUCUGGCGUUUUCAAGACCAUUCCCAUCAUCCCGGGUUUGAUGCCCAUUCACAGCUACAAGAUUCUUACCCGAGUGACGAAGCUUAGCCACGUGCACAUCCCAGAUCCCAUUGCUAAGCGUAUGGAGGAGCUGAAGCAUGAUGAUGACGCCGUCAAGCGGGCCGGUGUGGAUAUUGUCAGCGAGAUCGUUGGUGGCAUGCAAGAGCUCAAGUCUCCCGGACCACGAGGAUUCCAUUUCUAUACUUUGAACUUGGAGAAGACGGUGUCGUUCAUUCUAGAGCGAUGCGAUCUCAUUCCUGCCUCAACUGAUAUCGAAGAUGACUAUGCUAUUGUGGAGGUUGAUGGUGUUGUGCCUCUUGGUGCGUCAGCUCGCCUGGCCAAACGUCGGGCCUCUUCUAUCAACUCUCAGCCGCAUAAUCGUGUGAUUGUGGACAAGCUUUCCUCCAAGGUGUCCUCCCAUGAUUCCGUCCACGAGGCUCUUGCCAACAGCGUGGGACAGCCGGCAAUGCCUCCCGGCCGUGGAACAACCCUUCAGAUUUCCGAAGGUCUAGGCUCUCUCGGCAGAGAGGCCACAUGGGAUGACUUCCCUAAUGGUCGAUGGGGUGAUGCCCGCUCUCCAGCUUUCGGUGAGAUUGAUGGGUAUGGCCCGUCACUCCAUGUCACUUCUGCCGUGGCCCGCCGGAUCUGGGGCCACCCCGUUGAGAACUCCGAUAUCAGCACCCUGUUCCGUCGCCAUGUCUCCGGCGAUCUGUACAUGGUACCCUGGUCCGAGGGCGGCGCGGAGGAAGGCACCGGUCUGAAUGCAGAGACGGAGCUCAUUCGCCCCGAGCUGCUCAAGAUCAUUGACGGCCGCGGCUGGUGGACAUUGGCCUCGCAGCCCGCCGUCAACGGUGUCCGCAGCGACCACCACAUCUUCGGCUGGGGUCCCCAGCGGGAAGGCUUUGUCUUCCAGAAACCUUUCGUCGAGUUCUUCUGUCCAAGCAAGGACUAUGAUACGAUUCUUAAGCCUUUGUUUGCGAAGCACGGCCAUGACAAGCUCGUGUGGUUCGCAACGAACAACACCGGCGCCUUUGAGUCCUCGCUCCCUAUUCAGCCGGCCGAUGUCGAGCUUGACGAUCUGAACUCGAACCCCGACAGCGUUAAUGCCGUCACUUGGGGUGUCUUCCGUGGCAAGGAGAUUGUCACGCCUACCAUCAUCGAAGAAGUUAGUUUCCGCGCCUGGGGCGAGGAAGCCUUCCGCAUCUGGGACGAAUGGCGUCGCAUUUAUCCUCGUGGCUCACCCACCGAGCGCUUCCUGGACACCACCAAGAAUGACACCUGGCUUGUCUGCGUUGUCGGUCAACAAUUCGGCGCAGGUACACCGCAGGGCAGCAAAGAAGAAGAGGAUGAGGUCAAGUGGAUGUGGCGUGUAUUGGCGGGCGAGACUCAGUAA